AUGCCGUCCCUCUCAUCCCUCGUCCUACUUUGCACCUCCGCAUUGCUCCCCUUCACCUAUGGAUACUCAACCAUCUCCGACAACACCUUGAACUCUCUCCCCGGCCCGGGAUCUGACUUCGACAUCCACACCGGUGCUCUCCUAUCCCCAAUUCUGGUUCCACGUGUCUCUGGAACCUCGGGAUCCCUGGCCGUCCUUCAGCACUUCGUCGAUUUCUUCCACAAUACCCUCCCAGAAUGGACGCUGGAAUUCCAAAACUCGUCCUCGACGACCCCAACAUCAGGGGGCAAGAAAAUACCGUUCGUCAACCUUAUUGCGACACGCGACCCGCCUGGAACACAGCCUGGGGAAGUCGGACAUCUGACACUGGUGGCGCAUUAUGAUAGCAAAUACACGCCGAAGGAUUUCAUUGGCGCAACGGACAGCGCAGCGCCAUGUGCAAUGCUGAUGCACGUAGCACGCAGCAUUGAUGCAGCGCUCACGAAGAAAUGGGAGGCCAUGACCACAGACGGGCUGGGCGAGCUCGAGGAGCAGAAGGGCGUGCAGAUAUUGCUCCUGGAUGGCGAGGAAUCGUUCCUCAGCUGGACGGAUACUGACAGCUUGUAUGGGGCACGCGCCCUCGCCGAAAGCUGGGAACACGCCGUCAACCCCGCCAUGUCCACCUACCGCACGCCUUUAUCAAGUAUCUCCCUCUUUCUCCUCCUCGACCUCCUCGGCGCCGCCCGGCCCACCGUCCCUUCAUACUUCAAAACCACCCACUGGUCCUACAAAUACAUGUCCGCGCUCGAGGCACGUCUUCGCGCCCUCGGCCGUUUCAAGUCCUCUCCAAACCACCCAUCAAAGCUCGCUCGACGCGCCGCAAAAGCGAAAGCAAAAGGAGAUAAGAAAGCGAUUAAGACAAGGAAAGAACCGGCAUUUUUGCUAGACUUCAAUAAACAAGACAGCCAGUUUAGCCCCUGGACGGGCAUCCAGGAUGACCACCUCCCGUUCAUGGCGCGCGGCGUCGAGGUGCUUCAUAUCAUACCUUCGCCGUUCCCGACAGUGUGGCAUGAGAUGGAAGAUGAUGGCGAGCAUCUCGAUCUCGACACUGUGGAGGAUUGGGCGACGUUAGUGACGGCAUUUGCGGCGGAAUGGAUGGAGUUGGAGGGGUUUUUUGAUGUUGAGAAAGCGGAAAGGGAAGCGGGUGGGGAGAGCGAGGAUUAUGAGAAGGGGAGGAGGAGGACUACGAGUAAGACUGAGUUGUGA